GGCAAAAGUGUUGUGAUGUGAUGUAAACCAUCAAAAUUUCCAUCUCCAUCUCAACCAGUGAACUUGCUUGAAAAAAAAAACAAGAUAGCACCACAGUAGGCUACAUUUUACUGCUGGCUGCUGUCAAUUUACAGAGGAGGAAAAGGAGGAAAGAAAAGAGAAAAUGGAAGGCGAAAAGGAAGCUUGCUUCCGGAAAAUUUGGGCUCUUCUAUAUCAGGUGUCCAUGUGUGAAGUCAUAGUCCUCGUUUAGUGAUGGUGAAGUUCCAAGAAAUGUUUAGCCUGGAAAUGCCAGUUCGCUUCCUCACAGCUCGGCCCGUAAAUCCCUUGUGUUCUCGCGCCUUCUCGUAAAGGACCAGCAUCAACAACGUCCUCGGGGUCUGAGGACCUCGAAGUAUAACGGUGAACUUCCCUUCUCGGUCUGUCCGGAUACGGAGCACUCUCUUGGGCAGACCGAUUUAAAAUUAAAGAAGGAAGACGCCUGCAACGACCAAGUCCAGCAACACCCGCUGGCGCUGACGGUUAGGCCCUUAAAUCGACGGUCCUCCUGCUUCCAGAACUGGAUUUCCGGAACUACGACGUCGCGACGCAGCAGUAACAGCAUCACAUCAAGUUACUUACUAUUCGACUUUAAAUCCAGCUUCUGGAUUUGGCUGCCUGUAACAAUUUUGAUAUCGAUCGGGGGCAUCAUGGUGGCAUACAUAAAUGCUACUGCCGAUAGCUUCGCUUGGUGCAUUUUGACACACAUAAGGGGACUCUUCCGGAUUGCUCGAUGGAAAAUCAAACACCUGGACCAGACUACGAAAUCGGAACAAUUCCAACGGGAUGUUUGUCGGAUAUCCAACAUCCAGGAAGUUGCCUACAGAAGUACACAACUACUUGAAAGCGUUCUCAGUAACUACUUCUUCAAACUGUACGGACUUUGCAUUUGUAUACUCUGCAUGAUAAUGAUGAUUGCUGUAACCGCCUCCGAAAACAGUGUCUUGUUGAUGAAGAUGUUUCUCAUUCUUUGUUACAUCAUUUGGCAAAUAUUCGCGUAUUCUAUGCUGGGGACUGAGUUACACACUGAAAGUACCCAGGUAGCAGACGAGUUGUUCGAAAGCCAGUGGUACGUUCGACCUGUUGCCGAUCAGCAGCUGAUUCGAUUCAUGAUCAUGAGAGCUCAACGGGCGGCCUACAUAACGGCGGGAAAAUUUUUCUACGUUACCCGAAUCACUUUCAUGGUGUCCCUACGAACGGCAUUUUCCUAUUUCACUGUGAUGCGUCAGGUGAUUUAGUUUCAGGAUGUCAAAGAUUAGAAGUG